AUGUCGGCAAUUAUUGAGAAGUCAGAGGAAAUACGCAUGGAAAGUGUCGGCUCUUACGACAAGCAAAGAUGCACUCCCUCGGAUAGCACGGCCAACCUUGCUGAUUGUGAUCACUGCACGGCAUUUCCUAAUAGGUGGUCGAGAAUCAGGUAUGCUAUCCGUGAACCAGCGGCCGAGUUUCUAGGCACGAUGAUCUUCGUGAUAUUCGGUACUGGUGUCAAUUGUCAGGUGUUUCUGUCCACCAACCCGAGUGUUGAAGCGGUCCCAAGAGGUGAUUUCCUUUCGCUCAACUUCGGCUGGGCUUCAGGCGUGGCACUCGGAGUGUGGAUCGCAGGAGGUAUAUCUGGAGGGCACAUAAACCCUGCGAUCACGUUUACUCUGGCAGUUUUCCGAGGGUUCCCUUGGAAAAAGGUGCCAUUCUACAUCUUUGCUCAGCUAUUAGGAGGAUUUUGCGGUGGUGGUGUUGUCUAUGCCAACUACUUCCAUGCCAUAGAUAUAGUGGAAGGCGGGCCUGGCAUCCGAACUAUCAACGGUUCAGGAGAUCUUCUUGCUACAUAUGCCGCGAGCUUCCUGACCCCUGUCUCAUGCUUCUUUUCCGAGUUUCUGGGCUCUGCGAUAUUGAUUAUUGGUGUACUCUGCAUCACUGACAAGAAAAAUGGGCCACCCCCACAGGGUCUUGUUCCUCUUGCCCUAUUCAUUCUGGUGCUCGGCAUUGGGGCUUCUCUUGGUAUGAAUACGAGUUAUUCCCUGAAUCCUGCUCGAGAUCUUGGGCCAAGGUUCCUCACGGCAGCCGUAGGCUAUGGAACUGCAGUGUUCACGUACCGCAAUCAGUAUUGGUUAUGGUGCAUUGUGCUUGGUCCAGUCACCGGGAUGUUAUGUGGUGCGUUCGUCUAUGAUACGUUGAUUUUUGAAGGCAAAGAAAGCAUUAUAAAUAAACCUAACGCCCAGGCCAUAGAACGCUGUCUUCAUGCCUGCCCAGGACAAGGAGGGAAGCUCCCUGUGGGGAUCGAGAGUGCUUGA